AACGCAGCUCCACAGCUGUUUUGCAAAGUUCUUACUUAUAUUUUUGUUUGCUUAUUUUGCGCUUUUGUUUUUCUUUCGCUUGCAAUUAUUAUGUUUAUUUGGAAUUAUUUGACCCUCCUGUGCCUUGGGUUCGCCCUCAUCGAUGCGAAAUCCAUCAAGAAGUCUCAGGCCAAUCUGCUGGAGCCAACUCUUGAUCCUGAUGAGAAGCUAGGGAAGAUUGGGAAGUCCCCACCCGACAUUUCCAAUGAAGUGCAACGUGUGCAGGUUCCAUUAGGUGCGUCGCCCGGCAAGGAUGACUGGCAGGGCAAGUGGUUUCCCCAUGCCCCGGGACAACAGCAAAAAGCGAUUGAAUCCAAAAUGAAGAGCACUGAGCAAGUUCCUCUGCUGGAUUCCACAACCAAGGAUGGCUGGCAGGGCAAGUGGUUUCCACAAGCUCCCGGAGAGCCGCACGUGGUGAAGAAAAAACCGCUGGUCGAGAAGGAAACCAAGUCGGCGGAGUCCACCACACAGGAUACUUGGAAGGGAAAAUGGUUUCCGCAGGGUCCCAACGAACCGCACAAGACUAAACAAGGCAGCUGUGAUGAUGGCAAGAGCAACCUUGCCGUGGACUUCGAUCCAAAUGACAUCCGUGACAGCCUGAAUUUCCUUUGCAUCAGCAGUAAUCGCAGCUUGUAUCAGCCAGAUUUGUCCAGAGAAGCCAUUCUUACGGAGCACUUUCUGCCCAGCGCCUAUCUGCCGCCUGCCAAGUGCCUUAAUGAGUCCAUCAGCUACUCCCAUCUGCCUGCCACCAAUGGCCCCUAUCGCCCGAUGCCCGCUGAAUAUGGCACCUACUCCUACUUGCCACCACAGCGAUACGUGCGUAAUCUGGCGGAAGGUGCCAUCGUGAUGCUCUACCAUCCCUGCGCAUUUCCCGGCCAAGUGAAGCAGCUGCAGGACAUCGUGGGUGGCUGUCUGUAUCGCCAUCUGGUGUCACCCUCGCUGGCUCUGAGUCCGGAGCGACCGCUGGCCCUGCUCGCCUGGAGUCGCAGCCUGGAGAUGUCCGUCGUGGAUCGACAACUGGCGGCGGAUUUUAUCCAGAAACACGCCAAGCAAGGACCACUUGCCCCGGAGGAAUUGUCGCGUUUGAUUGCCAACAGACAGACCUACAAGGAGGGCCUUCUCGUGGAAGCGCACUUGGUCACAACGGCAGACGACUACGGGCUGUGCGGCUACCUGGAGGAGGAGAUGUAGGGUGAAUGUGUUAACUAUUUGUUUUUAAUAAACCUCGAAUACUUUGCCAAU